AUGUCUAAUGUUAAGCUAGCAAUUCGAGUGAGACCUUUUACUGAAAAGGAGUUAAGGUCUGAAAAGGAGCCGGUGCCUGUCGUGAACGUUGUAGACACUAAUACAGUUACAAUUACAAACAUCAAAGUAAGUUUAUCAGGCGCGGGCGACAGUCGUGAGCGCAUUCGUCAAUACUAUGCUGAUUACACAUACGACAGCGUGUGUUCAAGCACGCUGCCAUCUUAUGCAUCACAAGAGAAGGUAUUUGAGUCCAUCGGUCAAGAGGUGAUAGCCAGCGUCUCCAGAGGCUGUUCAGCAUGUGUGCUGGCGUACGGGCAGAGUGCGACUGGCAAAACGCACACUAUGAUGGGCAUGGAGUCUCAACCCGGCCUGAUCCCGCGGCUGUGCAAGGCGCUUUAUGAACAACAGCCGGUUGACUUCACGAUCAGUUUCCUAGAGAUAUACAACGAGAAGGUGCAUGACCUGCUGUCUGGGGAGGUGCCACUGCCGCCCUGCCAUUCACUGCCCCGACGUAGAGGCAACGCGCGCAAAGACCUGCGAGUGCGCGAACACCCUUCUAGAGGACCUUACGUGCAGAAUCUCCGGCGCGUUUUAGUUCAGGACGCCGAAGCUCUUCUGUCGCUGGUGGCAGAAGGGGCUCGGCGCCGGCGCACGGCUGCCACGCGACGCAACGCCACCUCGUCCAGGUCUCACGCUCUGCUGGAGAUCGCUACUCCUCACGCUACACUGCACCUCGCUGAUUUAGCUGGAAGCGAGAAGGCGAGUUGGGAGGGUUGUGGCGGCGGGCGACAGAAAGAAGGCGCCAAUAUAAACAAGUCAUUGGUAGCUCUCAGUAACGUCAUCUCUGCUCUCGUAAGUGGAGGUGCGACGCGCGGUAGAUUUGUCCCUUACCGCGACUCUGCUCUCACUUGGCUACUAAAAGAUUGCUUCACAGGCGGAGGCAGCACAUUUAUAAUAGCCACUGUAUCGCCGAGUGUCGCGUGCUACGGCGAGUCUGCAUCGACUCUGCGCUGGGCGGCCCGAGCUCGCCAGCUGCCCACCCCCCGCGCUGCCAGCGGUGGCACCCACGUGGCCACACGAGCUGCUCUACAAGCUCAGCUCAAUCAACUCAUUUCUGAACUUUCUAGGAACCAUAUUCGAUAUGUGCCCGAAACUGGAAAAAUAUUAUUUGAUAACGAGCAUUGGGCAUUACAAUCAAAUGAACAUGAUUUGAGACCUACAGAAUUAGAUAAAACUGCAAACAUAGGCAACAUUAUGAACAUAACGCGUCCCAAACCCGACGCGACCAAUUCCGAGUCAACUGCUUCAUCAGUAGCUAGCGGCAGUUCAGAUGUCAUCAAUACCAUGGACAAGAACACCAUCAUUGCAAGCGAAAUUAACAAAGAAAUGGACAAAUUAUUUGGACCUGCCCUCGAAAGAGCUAGCAGUGGAGAUGACCUUAAAGUUGUUGCCCCACUUAGGCUUAAGAAAAGACAGUGCAGAUCACAAGAGGUUUUAGCUAAAGAGGAAAUAUCAGUGGUAGGUCAAAAUAGCAAUUUGGGGAGUACACUACCAAGUCAAAGUGAAGAUCAAAUAAAUGUUGUGCCCAGCAAAGAAAAACCUAAAAUCCCAUCUAUUACCAUACUUCAUGAUAACCAGAGAGCAGAAAUUGUUGCUUCAGUAACAGAGAGACUUUACACGAAACUUAAAAAGAAAGAAGAAGCGGCUGUUUCUAAAGUAGAAUCAAUGGUGGACAGGAAAAUAAUGGAACCACUUAGUGAACUUAAAAUCUGCACAAAUGCACGCCAAAGACUAAUGGAAUUAAGUCAAAGAGCUAUUCGAAAUAAAAGACGAAUAGGUAUACCAGCGCAUACGCAAACAAGAAUUACGGUCACUAGAGUCAGAGAUCAAGCUAUUGAUGUUCAGACGGAUCUUUAUUCAUAUAUUUCCAAGAAUAAGCGCCCUUAUAUAUUCUGUAGAGAUGCAACUACCGAGACGGUCCCCAUGACCCCGCGAUGUAAAGAAAUAGCAGUAGGACCGACAGGUUCCUUAGACUCUAGUGAUAUGUCAACAGAAACCAAACGAGUGGUUUAUAAGAACUCCUGUGCGAUGACUGAUGUCGUCAUGAAAAAUGAACGAUGCACACAAACACUUGUUGUACCUCCACCUAGAAGGAAGAAACGUUUAUCAAAGCAUGCUUGCAGCAAAGAAAACUGCAAUUUUUCUGAAGAUUUCUCUCCUACACCUGUAAUAAGUAUUAAUAUUUCACAAGUCUACCCUGUGGAUAUGGAAUCUCAAAGUUCGGAUGAUAAUUCAGAAAAUUUAAAUUUGACGAACAGUAAAUCCAGCGUUGUAACUACAACUCCGGAUUUGUUGACGAAUCAUAGUACAGUUGAUCCACACCAUAUUAUCGAUAUAGGAGAAGAUGAGAUCAGAGUUUUAGUAAAUGUACCAGAAACGGAAAGUCCUAAAAUAAUUCCUAGCAUAGAUAAAGAGAAAUCUGCUGAAUACAUGCAACAUAAUGAAGAGUUCCCAGAUACAGAUCUUACUCUCCCAAGAGUGAGUCCUAAUGCAGUGACAAAAGCUAACAGUUCUGAUAUAAAAAAUAUGAUACUGGGAAGAAACCAAAAUAUAUAUCCUUAUAACAUUAUACUAUCACCUCCAAAAGAAAGAGACACAAAACGAAUCGUUACAUUUGAAGAUACCCGUUCAGAUCAGACAAACGUCCCAGCUCUGGAAACUGCCAUAAAUUGUGAAAAUGUGUCUAUUAAAAAUGAUACUACUUCUGAUAACAUGACAACAUCGGAAAAAGAUUUUCCAGAAUGCGACAAAGAUUACGAGAGUAUAUGCUCAGAUACUACAGAAUCUAGCAAAGUUGAUACAGAUUCUUUUAUUUGGAAGAAGGGAGGUAGUAGAACACUGGGCAGUUUGAAAAAGAAUUAUGUGCCUGUAUACAAGAGCACCAAGUAUAAAACAACAAAAGCCAGAGUUCUUAAAGAUUUCAUGGGGUUUGAAUCAGAAGAAAACGAAAUUGGUUUUUCAAACAAUGAAGGUCAAAAAACAUACAGAGAUGCAAGUUCUAGUGAUAGUCGUGAUACUGACAAUGCAUGGGAAUACAAAAGCAGACGUCGUAAGCCAUAUUACGGAAAUUCCUGCUUCAAUCAUGACAACGAUUGUAGUCACGACAGUAUUGAUGAAUUUCAAAGUUCUGAAAGAAAAUUACUCGAGUCAUGUAGUAAUUUGGAAGAGACCAUCAAUAAAUAUGAAAAUUAUGUUUCGAAUUACAAAAAAGGUAAUAAAGUUGAUAGUGUUGAACCUAUCAUGAGGCGACCCAAAGAGUAUCUGCAGCAUUUAGUACAAUUAAGAAGAGAGGUAGUGAAAGCGGAGAGCGAUAAUACGGAUAGCUCUUUAGAUUGUCGUAAAUAACGUUGUGUAUGUUUGUUUAGAAUAAGAAUAAAAUAAU